AAUCGUUAAACAGGCCGUUGGUGGCGUCCAGCCAUUAUGCCCAACCAAAGAUCUCUACAGCAGUUCUCGGCAUUGUUAUGGAAGAACUGGAAAAUAAAGUACCGCUCCAAGGGGAGCAUUUUCUUUGAGUUAGUGUUCCCGUUGUUGAUAGCCAGUAUGGUCAUGUACGUUCAAUCCAAGGGGAAGACUGUGAUCGAGAAACCCGCAGUUCGAUUUGAGCAAGAGUGGACUUUCUUCCUGUACGAAGAUUUUCAGCUGGUCUUGUUUUACACGCCGGUCUCCCGAGCAUUGGAGCAGAUGUUGAAAGUGGACGAGGGAAGAACAUUUCCCGCCGGUAAGUCUUACCCGACCGUAGCAGAAGCCAAGAUGGGCUAUGACGCCUCUCUAGAACAACACCUCAAGUCACCGAUAGUAAGCUUUCAAAUGGAGGAUGUCAACACAGUGCCCAAAAAUCUCAAGUUCAAGGUCAAUAUAGACAGCAAAUAUGAUGCAGACAAAAUGUACGGGAACAGCCUUGAUCUAACCGUGAAUGAUAUACCUCGCGUCAUGCUUGGAGUGACACAGAUAUUCAUCAACUACUGGCAGAAACAAAACGGCGUCCCUAUGAGUAAAAUAGAUCUGGUUUUCAACCGAAUGCCGACAUUACCCACUAAAGAAUCAGAAAAUAACAUAAGUUUUCUCACUGGUGAAUAUCUACUCACGUUCCUGCCUUUAUUCUGUUUCGCCGCAAUCACGCUGGUGGAGGAGAGGGAGAAGAAGAUUAAGGAGUCCAUGAAGCUGAUGGGGCUGGGCGAGUUGAUCUACUGGAUGUCCUGGUUUGUCAUGAACUUCAUCUACGGCCUGUAUUUGAGCAUUGUGAUGUUGGUGGUGGUCUGUCUCGACUACUCGCAGAUCGGGACACUGAUCAAGUCUUCGUGUCCCUUGUUCUUUAUCUUCGAACUGUUGAUAGUCACCAACACGAUAACAGCGGCCUUCCUUAUGUCAACAAUUAUUAAAAGAGGACGAAUCAUUGGUAUCCUCUCCGUUAUCGUCUAUUUUGGCGUGAAAAUUGGCGCGGACAAUUUCCUAAAGUUAAAGCUUGCCCGAAUGUUUACCUACAUGAUUGGAGUCUUUGUCUACGGCUUUGGCUUUAGAAUGGCAUUACUCGUCCUACACGACAAGGAAUCAGCAGGUAGACCAGUUUAUUUUUCAACAAUGGCUAUCAACGAAAACGAUCCACAUAAAACCUUCCUUGAUGGUAUCCUCAUCAUGAUCAUGAACACAAUGUUUAAUGUCUUCUUUGUCUGGUACUUGAGCAAUGUUUUCCCAGGGGAGUUCGGCACUCCGAAACCUUGCAAUUUUCUCUUUACUAUGGAUAGUUGA